AUGUAUAAUAAUAUUAUGAAGGUACUUAAAGAAGAAAAAACUAAUCAAACCCCCAAAUUUAAAUUUUGGGUUAACAACACAUUUAAACUUAUUCAAAUAGGUGAAAAAGAAUUAAUCUAUUCAAAAAAAAAUAAUUUACAGUUAAUUUUACACGAAAAAAUAUACGAUAAGAUAAAAGAAUGUCAUCUUUGUGUUGGUCAUUCUGGUCGAGAUAAGACUUGGGGUGAAGUAAAGAAAUUAUACUCUGGCAUACCAUUACAAGCUGUAUGUCUUUAUAUUAAUAUGUGUGAUGCAUGUCAGGUUCGUCGAUCGUUCCCGAAGGCACCUGUUGGAAAACCAAUAGUAUGUGUUGGUUUUCUAACAAGAUUGCAAUUAGAUUGGCCCGAACUAAUUAUAAUUAAUGGACGACCACGUCAUCCACAAUCCCAAGGGCUUGUGGAACGUGCAAAUGCUGUUGUUCAGAAAAUGAUAGGAAAGUGGUUGGAAACGAAUAAAUGUAAUGACUGGCCGAAUGCGUUAGGGCCAGUUAUGCUUGCUAUAAACAACUGCAUUUCGCAAGCCACGAAAAAGACAGCAUAUGAGAUGGUUUUCGGCCAGCCAGUAAGAAACCACCACGAUUUCUGGGAACAACUAAAGCAACAAGCUAAAAAUAAAGAAGUCCUAAACGAAGAAGAUUUACCAGAAUCAAUUGUUGAUAAAAUCAAUUUUAAUGAUAAUAUAUUAUUAGAUAAUAAUUCUGAAUAUGCUAAUUCACUAUCACCAAUUCCAACGUUAUCAUCCAAUGAGGAUAGAAUUCAAAAUAAUGAGUAA